CACACUUUUGUGAUUCUUUUUUCCAUGGAUGAGGGAAUCUCAAUUUACGGCCUGGAAUUUCAGGCCAGGGCACUAGUGUCACAACUAGCGGAAAACAAUGAGAUUCGCUUUUUCAUUGCUACACAGAGUUUGAAACCCAACAACCAAAUUCACCUGCUGGAAGUGAAUGAGGAUGGGGAUGCUGCUCUCAAGCCCACAAUCUUUUCGCAUCCCUACGGUGAGGUGUGGAAACUCAACAGUAGUCCCCAUGAUGCAAAUCUCUUGGUGUCCUGCUGCAGCAGCCAGCAAGGGAGUCAGGUGUCAAUGCGAACAAUGCUUCUGACCCUUCCGGAUGGUGAUGCUGUUCCGGAAGAUGGGCAGGAAUUUUUGAGUUUCAAAAAUGCCGAAGAACUUCCACUGGAUGGGCAUGGUGGUGAAGUGAAGACGACGGAAUUCCAUCCCGUGGAUAGCAACAUUCUGGCAACAGUUGUUGAUGGGAAGGUGCUACUGAUGACCAGGGCUGAGAGUCAAACACGAGUCGUGGCGGAGGUGACGUCGAAGAAUUGCCCAAAAUUCACUAGUGGCAAGUGGUCGCAGCAUCAUCAGGGCAAUCAAUUUAUCACUCUCCAUGACUGCACCAUCCGUUCGUACGACAUCAGGGAUUCCAAUCACACAGCUUGGACAAUUGAGGAUGCUCAUGCUCAGCUUGUGCGCGACAUCGACUGCAAUCCCAAUAAGCAGUGCCACAUUGUCACCGGUGGCGAUGAUGGAUGCAUCAAGAUCUGGGACAGUAGGAAUACAAAAGAGGCUGUCUUUGUGCGCUCUGAUCACUCACACUGGGUCUGGAGCGUGCGUUUCAACACAUUCCAUGAUCAGCUGGUACUCUCAAGUAGCUCUGAUAGCAAAGUCCUCCUCACAUGUGCAUCCAGUGUUAGUUCAGAAGCCCAGGCUGAUGAUGCAAUCACGGAAGGUGGAAGCAAAGAACGUCUCCACGAUGGGCUCUUGCAGACUUUUGAGCAACACGAGGAUUCUGUGUAUUGCGUGGAGUGGAGCAGUGCUGAUCCCUGGACUUUUGCAUCUCUCAGUUACGAUGGGCGGGUUAUUGUAAGCAAGGUUCCGCGGCAGUAUAAGUAUCAAAUUUUGCUAUAAAAUCCUGUAUUUUAUUUCCAUGAUUACAAAAAAAAACUUGCAAAAAA